AUGUUCGCCAAACCGUUUCGGGUCAAGUCGAAGACAGCAAUGAGGGGUUCUGAGAUGAGAGAUCUCCAGGAUGAAUUGGUAAUGACUUUACCCACUCUGGCCCCCAAUGAACUAAAUGAACUAAUUCCAUCAGAUGAGGCAGUCAUAAUUGUGCAGCUGGAGAUCCACAAACGAAAGACAGCGACUGUGUUCAUGAUCCAAGGUAACCCUAUCUUAUUUAAAGUGGACAAACAUCUGUAUCCAACUGUGUACACACUGUGGCGCUACCCUCGCCUUCUUCCCACCUUCCUAACAUGGCCUAUUAUUCUAGAAAGACUAGUAAAGGGAGCUGAUCUAAUGCUGCCAGGAGUAGUGAUUCCCCCUGAUGGUCUGCCUAGUGUGCAGAAAGAAGACAUCUGUGCCAUCGCGUUGCUGGAGAACAGAGCCCCCGUUGCUGUCGGGAUUGCUCUCAUGUGCACAUCCAAAAUGCUAAGUACCCGAUUACAGGGAAGGGGUUUUUCUAUACUCCACACCUACCAAGACUUUCUUCUCUUAGGCAACCAUAUGUUUUCCUGCUGUCCGGAGGGACAGCAGAUAGACAUAAAGAAAACAAGUUUCAAAAAGAUGUCUGCUUUCUUGCAUCAAAUGCAGGAAGAAAAUGUAUUAGAGGUGAGAGAGCUAAACCAAGGAGUUGAAAGCAUCGUGGCGAUUAAUUGGAAACAUCCCAAGAUUCUACCUUACAUCAAAGAGGAGGCCACUUCUACCUCCCAGUCCAUGAAUAAGGGCAGCAGUCGUCACUCACACAAGGCCCCAGACAUAAGAUAUCUCUACUACGCCCCAGCCAGCAUGAACCUACUCUUCCAGGAGUGUGGCCACAAGAGGGGAAGUCCUUUAGAUGCCAGUGAGAUCCGAAAUGUCAUCAUUGACUAUGCCAAGAGAAAUCACCUAUUUGAAACAAAUGAGGGGAACUCUGUGAAUCUGGAUGCAGUCCUGAGUGAUUGCAUUUUAGGGAAAAAUGAAAAAACCAAGAUCAAGAAACUUUCUUUGGAUAAUCUCCUGAGUCGAUGUUUUGAAAAAAUGCAGCCCGCUUAUCAAAUAACAUUCCCGGGACAGGAACCCAUAGUGAAGAAGGGGGAAAUCAGUCCCAUCAGCAUCACUUUAGCGAAGAGGGCCCUAAAUAAGAAGGUAACUAUAGUCCGGAACCUGGAAGCAUACGGUCUCAACCCGCGCUCAGUGGCAUCAAUCCUCCGGCAGCGAUGUCACGCUAGUGCCAGUGUCAUUCGAGUCCCUGGGACCCAAAACACUCUACAGCUGCAGAUUCAAGGGAAUCAGAUUCCGCAGCUUCAUCAGCUACUGCUACAAGAGUAUCACCUCCCUCAAAAGAGUGUGGAAAAUGAUGAUGACGAUGAUGAUGAUGACGAUGAUGAUGAUGAUGCAGCUUAA